UCAGUCCACCGCGGCCGACACGCCCACUCCAACCCCCACACCCACCGAUUCCCUUCUAACCUCCCGUGUCACACCGUGACACCAGACCAAACCACCGAUCAUUUCCACUCGACGCUUCCACCGCCCGAAUCCAGCCAGGCGAAGCUGCGAGCUGCGAGGAUGUACCGAGAUCCCAACCCCUUCGACGAGGGCGCCGACGACAACGCCUUCUCCAAUGGGGGAGGACGCGGUGGUGCCGCUGGUGGUGGCGGCGGUAAGUCGCAGUUCCAGUUUCGCCCGACGGAGCCCGUCGGAUUCGGCGCCGGUGGCAACGGCGACGCCGCCGUCGACAUCCCCCUUGACAACAUGAACGGUUCGAGUGGCAAGGAAAGCGAGCUCUCGCAGUGGCAGGCAGAUCUCAAGAGGCGAGAGGCGGACAUCAAGAGGAGGGAGGAAGCUCUCAAGAGCGCUGGGGUGCCCAUGGAGGACAAGAACUGGCCGCCGUUCUUCCCAAUCAUCCACCAUGACAUUGCCAAUGAAAUACCAGCCAACGCGCAGCGGUUGCAGUAUCUUGCUUUUGCUAGCUGGCUCGGCAUCGUGCUUUGCCUCGUUUGGAAUUUCAUUGCUGUCACAGUCUGUUGGAUCAGAGGGGGAGACUCUAAACUGUUUUUCCUGGCUACUAUCUACGGUAUGCUUGGAGUACCUUUGUCGUACUUGAUGUGGUAUAGGCCUCUGUACCGUGCAAUGAGAACUGACAGCGCAUUCAGCUUUGGGUGGUUUUUCCUUUGUUACAUGCUCCACAUUGGCUUUUGUAUAAUUGCUGCCAUUGCUCCGCCAAUCGUGUUUCGUGGGAAGUCACUAACGGGUAUACUGGCUGCAAUCGAUACCUUCUCUGAUCAUGCAUUAGUUGGGAUACUUUACUUUGUCGGAUUUGCCUUGUUUUCACUGGAGACAGUUGUGAGCAUUUGGGUUCUUCAGAGAGUAUACAUGUAUUUCAGAGGGCACAAGUGAAGCGGCAACGGAAGAAGAUACAGAAGUCCACCGGUGUCAUCGAAGCGUGCUGCGGUUCUGUGCAUACAUAUGAUUACAUGCCAUUCUUUGUAUGUUAUGGUAGUUAUGGGAAUAAUUUGCCUCAGAAGUUCAGAAGUUUGUUUAUUUGUUGGAAGAGAGUAGAAGUGUAACAACUGUUGUAUUAGUGUUAUCUCUGGAACUAUCUGUUGUUUAAAGCCUUGGAUCUUACCUCUAUAAACUGCAUGUUGUUUGAAGCCUA